UUUCGGCUGGUUGUGCAUUAUCAAAUAUAGAAGCAUGUGCACUUUAGCAUCCAUGUUUUUCUCCACUUAGUCGCAUCACUCCAUUGCUGAGAGACCUACUUUCUUCAUGCUCCUAUAUUAAGCAGAGGCACACAACCAGAGUUUUCAGCCACUCAACCAACAAAGGAAUAUAUGGCGGAGUCUAGCCUUCCCCCUUCCUCUUUGCUUCUUAUCCUGUUGUUUAUCUUCUUCUCCAAUGCUUUCAGCAUGCCAUCAGCCAUGGAUUGCAACAGCAGUGACCGUGAUGCUCUCCUAAAGAUCAAGGAGCAGCUUGGUAACCCUCCCGAGCUAUCCUCAUGGCUCCCAGCCACGAACUGCUGUGCCUGGGAUAACUCCAUUAUAUGCUCCGAGACUGGACGCAUCUACCUUGUGGCCCUAUUUCGACUCAAUGUCACAGCUCCCAUCCCUUCAGCCUAUGGUGACCUGCCGAUGCUGCAAACCAUCCAGCUUGACAACAUGCCGGGGCUGUAUGGUCCUAUCCCCUCCUCCUUCGCUAAGCUCUCACACCUUGAGUUCCUUGACAUCAUUGGCACACAAGUCUCUGGGCCGCUUCCUGACUUCCUGGCAAAGACCAACCUCAGUGCUCUGACCAUCACAAAUUGCAAGCUUACAGGGCCUAUUCCCCGGUCUCUGGGUCGCCUCUCCAACCUCAGAUAUAUAGACCUCAGCGGCAACAUGCUCAGUGGGUUUAUACCUCCUGGAUUGCUUCAUGGAAGCUUCCAAUUCCUCAUCCUGUCCAAUAACAGGCUCACAGGACAGAUCCCAGAGGAUUAUGCCAAUGGAGACAUUGACACCAUUGAUCUUUCACACAACCAGCUCACUGGUGACCCAUCAUUCUUAUUUGAUAUCGCAAAGCCAAUGAUGAAGAUUGAUCUUUCAUGGAAUGAGCUUGUAUUCGACAUGACGAAAGUCAGGUUUCCCUACCACCUGACCUAUUUGGACCUCAGUCAUAACCAUAUCAAAGGAGGGGUGUCCAAGUCCCUGAAGGAUAUAAAGCUUGGGCACUUCAAUGUCAGCUACAAUGAUCUUUGUGGUGAGAUACCAACUGGGCGGUUCAUGAUAUACCAUGGAGCAGAUUCCUAUGUUCAUAACAAGUGCCUCUGUGGCACACCUUUACCCCCCUGCAAGAAACGGCAGUAAAGAAUAAUUAGCUUGGCGAAUAAAGCAAUAAGUAGCAGGAUGUACGGUUAAAGAUUGCGACUAGCGCUCUGAUUUCUCUUCUGGAUUUGGUUAGAUGUGAAGUGCACUGUUUUAUUUUUGUGAGCCGUUUGUUUGAGAUCAACAGGUUA